AUGGCCUUCAACUUCAACUGGUCGCCGCUCACGGCCGACGCGGACUUUUACAAGCGCGCAAGAGACCUGCUGACGGCGGCCCUCAACAAGUCACCCAAGCCGCCCAUCAUCGUCGAUGACAUCCUCGUCACCGAGUUCAACCUGGGCUCCGUGCCCCCGGACCUCGAGAUCCUUGAGAUAGGAGACCUCGCAGAGGAUCGGUUCCGAGGCAUUUUCAAAAUGUGCUACAGCGGUGAUGCGUUCCUCACGCUACGGACAAGAGUUCAACAAAAGGGUCUGACUAUCGUAUUUCGAAAUGACCCGCUCGAAUCGCUCAAGGUCUCGUCGACCUUUGACUCGAUCCCUUUCGUCCGGGAUUACCUGCAGAGAACGAUCGAAGGGAAAUUGCGGGAUCUAAUGAUGGAUGAGCUUCCUGCAAUCAUCCAUCGUCUGUCUUUGCAGCUAUGGUGCCCUGAUCAGCUACCAAAGCAAGAAGAUGAGGCCCAGAAGGAGACCGACGAACCUGCUGUAGAUCCCCUUGCCAGCCCGCCACAGGACGCAGUCGAUGCUCAGGGCAACCUGCUUGAUUCCAGCGAGAUCUCGAAUUUGUCUUUGGACGGAAGCGCCGAAGUCAAGCACCUGUUCUCUCAGAAGAACCUGAUCCGUCUAGCGAGCUUGAACAACUCUCACCGCACCCUGUCUCUCUUCACUCCUGGUAUUCGCGAUGUCGUCUUCCGAGCAUGGGCCGGCUCAACGGAGAGACACGAGACGGGUAGCACUUCUCCAUUAGCUACUCCGAGCUUGGCGAGAUCGCAAUCCUUCCAGGGAUCCACCACGUAUUCUUUCUCGGACACUGGCAGCAUGGACCAUGGCCAUCUACCAUCAAGACCAUCGCUGGUUAGUUUGAACUCUGCCACAACCGGCCUUUCACUUGGUGCAGGCAGACAUUCCCGAUCGCACUCAAGUCGCAAGAAGAAGACCAGAGUCGUGAAUUUGAGGAAGAAUAAGACAGAAAGCGCUCCGGUUAGCGAUGUAGAUGAGACGGAGACGGUCUCUGACUCUACUUCAAUACGAGGACCGAUGUCAGAGCCGAUCAUGCCAGCCUCCAUCCCUGAGGAACCGGAAGAGGAAGUGCCUGUGCCUCCCACACCUAGCAAGGUUCGGUUUAAGGCAGCAGGCGAGCGGCCCAGCAUGCCGCCUCGAUCUCCAUUGACUUCCGAAGUUUACAACGCUCCUUCGGCUCUCUUCACCUCUGCGAAAUCCGAGACUCCGGCUGAGGCUCCAGUUGUCGCAAGCCGCCCUCAAGAGAAGUCAGAGAAAGCAUCCGAGAAAAUGCCGAUGCACUUCGAAUCGCGACGAGGUCCUUCUUCGGAGACAUCCUCCGUUAUUCUCGAGCAAGCCUGGAUCAUGAAGAUGGCUGGCGAGAUUGCUCGACGUGUGUAUGAUGAGAAGAGGAGAAACCCAGGCCUCUGGGAUGAGCGGGAGGACAGCCCUCCUCCAGCAUAUGAGGCACGAUAG